UCUUCCAAAAACCGGCGACGUCAUUCCCGCAAAACAGAACCAGAAAGCGAAGAAUCCGAAUCUGAUCCCGAUCAGUUAACUUCCAGCCGAACGGAGUCGUCCAAUCAACCUGAGGGCAAAAUUAAGCAUAGUAUCAUCUACCAUGGAGCACAAUCAAGCACAUCCUCCGAUCUAUCACCAAUGUCCGAACAAAAAUCAUUGCCACGUCGCGGUCGUUCAAGGUAUCAUCAUCAAAUUUAUCAGUUUUCCACCAACACAACACCGCGACAUCAUAACAGUAGUAAAACUUCUUCAAGCAACCAUCCAAAUAAGUUACUCUCACCACGUGUUGGUGCCGGUAAUCUUAAGUCCAUAUCGAGCACAUUCAAAUCACAAGACUCCAUACAAUGUCACAUACCCACACUAGUCAAAUCACCAUCUAUUACACAACAUCACCAACACCAUCAACAACAAUUAAAACACAAUCAAUCAACC